AUGAGUAGUGGUCUCGCUGACUUUGACGGAGAUGAUGUGCGGGCGCCAGUUGUGGCUGCGCAACCGCAUAUUGGUGUUGGUCUCGGAACCCACAGUGCCGUUGCUCUCGGCGGUUUCCAAGAUUUUUGUCUCAAAAGUGAACUCGCCAACGCCAUUCGAGAAAACGGCUUCGAACAUCCCAGUGAAGUGCAGCAUCAGGCCCUUCCACAAGCCAUGCUCGGUGCAGAUAUCCUUGCACAGGCAAAGUCUGGUAUGGGUAAAACAGCCGUGUUUGUGUUUGCUUUAUUGGAGCAAGUGGAAAAACCAACGGAUGGGCAGCGGCCCUUCUGUCAAGCCAUCGUCAUUGCCCAUGCACGCGAGUUGGCAUAUCAAAUUGAGCAGGAGUUCAAGCGUUUCAACAAAUACUUGCCGCAUUGUACCACUGGUGUCUUCUUUGGGGGCGUCCCUGAAGACGAGAACAUAAAACAACUCAAGAAGGAGGUUCCCGCAAUAGUGGUGGCCACACCAGGUCGAAUUUGUUCCCUCAUUGAGCGAAAAGCUCUCGACGUGUCGCGUGUUAAGUGGUUUGUUGUUGAUGAAUUCGAUCGCUGCCUAGAGGAUGUGAAAAUGCGUCGCGAUGUGCAGACGGCAUUCCUUAAGACACCGAAGGAAAAACAGGUGAUGAUGUUCUCAGCCACCAUGACGGAGGAGCUGCGGAAUGUGGCGAAGAAAUUUAUGUCGAACCCCACUGAAAUCUACGUUGACCAGCGUUCCAAGCUUACACUUCACGGGUUGGCGCAAUAUUACAUCAAUGUGACGGAGGCACAGAAACUUCGUAAGUUGUGCGACAUCCUCGACGCUGUUGAGUUCAAUCAAGUCAUUAUAUUCACUUCCACUGUUGAGCGCUGUGAGGCUCUCAGCCGUCAGCUGCAGGCUCUUAAGUUUCCCUCCAAGGCGAUUCACUCUCGCAUGGAGCAGGCGGAGCGGUUGGUUGUGUAUGAGAGCUGCAAAACAAACCAAGCUCGUAUCAUCGUCGCCACAGACAUCUUUGGCCGUGGUGUGGAUAUUGACCGUAUUAAUCUUGUUGUACAGUUUGAUAUGGCGUCUGAUGCUGACUCGUACCUUCAUCGUGUUGGUCGUGCUGGUCGCUUUGGUACGAAGGGACUUACGGUGGCAUUCCUCACUGAAGAGGAAAAGGAAAUUAAGCGUGAGAACCGUAAAUAUACUGACCAGGGUAUCAUGAAGGAAGUGCAGGAGCGAUUUGAGAUGCAGGUCCAGGAACUUACUGACAUCGCCACACAACUGAACCAGAGCCAGUAUAUGAACCAAUAG